AUGUCGAACAUCACAAGUAACAUCUUCUCUCAUCGCGAGCAGGAGCUGCUUGCAAAUGUCAUGAUCUGCAUCGAGUCGUUCCCAAUUAUCGACUUUACCAAGCUGGCCACCCUCCAGAGAAUGACCAACGUGCGCUCGGCGAGCAACGCCUGGACGGCGGUGAAGAAGAAGAUUGAGGACUACCACGGGCGUCGGGAGGACGCGGACGAGCUGUUCCAUAGUCCCCCCAGGAUUAAGACGGCCCUGCGCAAACGCCCUGCCAAGGUCAGCGCCAAAGACAUAGAAGAGUACUCCUCGGAGUACUCGGAUGACUCGGAAGACGUGAAACCCAUCGCAAAGCGCAGCCGCAGCGGCUCGGCAAGAAAGUCGCGCGAAUCCAAGCCGGCCCCCCCUGCGCCCAAGAAGACAGUCGUCGUAGAUCUCGUGUCGUUGUCGUCCGAGGAGGACAAGAAGCCCGUCGUCAAAGUCGAGAAGCAGCCCAUCCUCCACACGCCUGUUCUCGAUGGGCGUAUCCUCCGCGGCCCUUCCGAUACGGCUAUGUUUCUCGAUCCGGAGGCGUACUCCCUGCCCGAGCAGAAAGGGGCCCUGCUUCCCAAGUUCGCUCACCCUCCUCGUGCCCCUGCCGUUGCUGCUACCCCGGCCCGGGCCAGCAACGACGACCUCGAGGAGCUCGACGAUGACGUGAUUGCUGGCCUGCAUCUCAUGGCCAAGACUCAGGCUCGUGCUUAG